AUACAUCAAGUUAGAAAUGACGUCACUCCCACUUUGUGCAACGAAAUGACAUCAGUAUCUAGGUAUGUAAUGGCUUAAAUAAUAAAAUUGUUCAAGUUCCUCAGCAUCAAUUCUUCAAAUCUUUGUAAAAUCAAUCUGCCUAGUGCUCAAAUUCAGUAUUUAGUCUUCAAUUAAGAGAACUAUUUCAAAAAGCCAAAUUAAACACGCACCAUCUAUAUAUUACCUCAAUCACAAUGGCAUCCACCGGCAACCCCACUAGCGGCCUCCAGCGCGAAGCCGAGCUCCAGAACUCCUCCGGCACGUCCCAGACGGGCAAGAGCAACAUCAUGAACGACGGAUCCAUCGUCACGUCUUCCGACCCAACUACCCACCCAUCGGCCGGCGCAGGUCAGAAACUCAAAGGCGACGUCAGCGGCGCCAUCAGCGGAAGCGUUGGUAGCUUGCAAGCUGCCACGGGCGCGAUGUUCCGAAACAAGGGUAUGGAGGAGAAGGGACGAACAAAGAUGCAAGAGGAGGAUGAGCGACUGGGUGCUAAGAGGGGAGUUAUGCCUGUUGGAUCGGGACAGAGACAUACUACGGAGGGUGGUAGUGGUACUGCUUAAUUGCGGUUGUGAGCUAGGAAAGGGUUGAGUUUGGGCAGUUGGUCAGUGUGUAUGAAUAGAAUAAAACAUGAUACCAAAACGAUCAGACGAGAUAUCAGGAAUUGAAUUUCUUUACAAGAUA